GCGCUCGGCAUAUCCAACAUGUCGUCUACAAGCGAUAUACCCACACCCGACAAUGGCUUUUAUGUUCUUGUUACCGGAGCCAACAGUGGCCUUGGGCUUGGUAUCGGAACCCGCCUGAUUGACGAAUUCCUGCAAACCCGCCCCCAGUCCGAAUCGCUUGUCCUCAUCAUCACGACGCGUGACCAACGGAAAGGCGACGCGACGAUCGCAAAAUUAGAACAACACCUGUGCAAGGUCGUCCGUGGCCAUGAGGAGAAGCUACCUGGCAUUGCACAGGUGCUACAGAACCGUGUGUACUUUCGGCAGGAGCGGUUAGAUCUGCUGAGUCUUGUGUCGGUGCAGAAGCUCAGCAAGAAACUGCGAGAGACGACGCCAAAACUCGACGUCGUCAUCUGCAAUGCCGGCAUAGGCGGAUGGACCGGCAUCAAUUGGCCGAGUGCGGUGUGGACAAUUCUCACAACUUGGAACAGAGCGCUUACUUGGCCUACGUUCAAGAUAUCCGGGAAAGGAUGGGUAACAAAACCUCAGAUACCCGAAGACAAGAAGGUGGAAGACGAACCUCCUCUAGGGGAGGUCUUUUGCGCCAAUGUCUUCGGGCACUAUCUGCUAGGACACUACCUCGCACCGCUGCUGGCAAGACAUGCGGCGAGUGAGAAGACAAGAGGUCGGUUGAUCUGGGUCAGCAGUCUGGAAGCAUACGACCAUGUGUUCGACCUAGACGACAUGCAGGGCAUCUUGUCUGACAUGCCUUACGAGGUCACGAAGCGCAUCACAGAUGUACUGGCAAUCACGUCUACGCUUCCUUCAACUUCCCCUGAGGUCAAUCGAUAUCUCGACCAUUCAGAGGAUUCAGCAAAGACUACGAAACCGCGCCUCUACGUUACGCAUCCCGGCAUCUGUGGGACCUCCAUCAUGGCCCUCCCCGUCAUCCUUGAAUACUGUAUGCUCAUCGCCUUCUACAUUGCGCGUUUUCUCGGCAGCCAAUGGCACACAGUCACGCCGGAGAAAGGUGCGACUGCAAUGGUGUGGUUGGCCCUCGCAGACCAAACUACACUAGAUAACAUGGAGGCAAAAGAAGGCGUUGGGAAGUGGGGCAGCGCCACAGAUGCUUGGGGUCGGGAACGUGUGGACAGGACUGAGAUAGCUGGAUGGGGAUGGGGAGGGAAGUUGGGAGAAUACAAGAGGAAAGGCAGGGACCCAUUCGCAAAAGACCUCACCAAGGAGAGCCAGGAGAAGUUUGUGGAUACAGGGCGAAAAUGUUGGGAGGAAAUGGAGAAGUUGCGCAUUGAGUGGGAGGGCCGACUACGGAGAGCCGGAGUGGCGGUUGAGAUGGAUGAGUGAUAGCCGCCUUAAUAUUGGAAGCCCGACGCCAUUGUACUUUUUGUAAUACUUGAUUAUCUAUGAAACCUUGGUCUCGUCGGCUUGGAUCCAUAGCAGCACGACGGACACCAGACAUAUCGAUUACAUGGCGAGAUUACCCCGCUUUGUUGCGCUCAUGGCAUGAUGGCGGGCAAGCCACGGUCAGAUUCAGGUAGCAGACACAGAAAAGAUGACGAGUUGAGGGAUUGUACCGACGUGGGCCCGAACGAUCAGCCCUCGGAGAAUAGUCCGAGCAGUGUGGUGGAUCAUGGCAGAUCAGAGCCUCGGCAUGCAAGUCUUCACGAGGGCCAAGGGCGGGUCGCAGAAAGGGCUCACGAUGGAUGCUU